AUGGCUUACCGCCACUUUGGAUCCGGAGGUGAUCCACGAGCUCACCUCAACCCAGAUGGAACCAGGCCGGAAGAGGAGGAUGCUGAGGAUUACCAUGACCCAGACCCAACGGAUCACUUUCCUCGCAUGAAGCUGGUCAAGGAGCGUGGCCAGAACUGGGUUGUUUCUCAAGACCCGCCCAAGCCGAUCUCAGAGCUGUACUUCACGCACCAGGAACACGUUCCCUUUUAUCCCCGCCAGCGCAUCCUGAUCUGGAGCAACUACAAAUUGCUGAUGAAGGCUGAGUACCUUUUCUUCUACAUCCCUACCAUCAUUAUCCUGGGCCUGUGCAUUCCUGCCGAAGCCCAUGACAGCAGCAGCUGUUGA